AUGAAGCUUUCAACCGCCGUCAUCACACUCGUCGCAUCAUGUUUGGGCAAUGUGUCCAUGGCCUUGGACAAUGGCCCUGUCAUUGUCGAUCGUGAGCUCCAGUUUGGGGAUCUCCCCGAACGUCAAGCCCGAAACAAUGCAAAUGGAAAUGGCAAUGGGAAUGCAAAUGGAAAUGGCCAAGGCCAUGGUCCUCCUGAUUUUGUCCUUGCAAAGUUCAAUCAGGACAAUCAAGUGAAACCUGGCCGAACCCUUCCAAUCCAGGAGGUUACUGGAAAUUUAGUGAAUGUUGCAGGGCGCUCUGUAUCAUUCGUUGACAGCGAUUUGACCCCCAAGAAGGUGUUUGCCCCUGGAGCACGAGUGUUUGUGGAUGGAGCUGAGGUAACCAUACCACCUCUUGUCUUUGAAAGCAAAUCUGACAGCUCUAUCACUAUCACAAAGGGUACCAAUGGAAGGUUGCUGUCAGCGAGCAAGAGGGGAAAUGGCAAUGGCCGUGGUGCCAAGGUGGAUGUCUUGCCUGUGCAGGAUGAUUUCUUUGCUGAGCUCGAUGCAGAUGAUAUCAGUGAUGAGUUGCUGGCUGAAUUUACUCUCGCGGAUGCCCAAAGUCCUAAUGAUCGCAGGUUCCUUAGAUCCAGCGGCCAACUGAAGGAGCAGUUGAGUGCAUAUGCUCAAGCUCGCUCCCUCGCCACUCUCUUUGACACUGUGGAGGUUGACAUUGUCCUUGACAGCUACUUUUGUGCUGCCUUUGGAGGCAAUGCAGAGGACGCCCAGGCUCGGGCUAUUUCAAUUGUGGCAGAUGCAAGUGCAUUCUAUCAAAGCUUUGGUGUGCAGAUUGUGAUCAACACUUUUUCAACAUUUUGUGAUCCCGCAGUGGACCCCAUCAGAACAAUAUUCGAUGGCCUCUCUGGACAAGGUUCCAGUGAUGUCUGUGGUGGCGCCAAUUCACUCUUGGUCAAAUUCAAGGACCAUGUUGCCAAUGAAGGCACAUUUAAGGGUGAUCUUGUCCAUCUCUUCCAUGCAUUUGACUUCAGUGAUACCAGUGUUAUUGGAUGUGCCUAUGAAGGUGCACUUUGUAACUCAUGGUAUUACCAUGCAGGUGUCAAUGAAAUGGCCGCAACAGCAAAUAUUUUGAAUCAGGCCAAACUCUUUGCACAUGAGGCAGGGCAUAAUCUUGGGGCUCCGCAUGAUGCCACCGAAGGGUACAUAAUGCAAAGCUACCUCUGUGGUUCAUCUUGUUCAUCUUUUUCGCCGGCUUCCAUUACAGACAUCACCUCAAGUAUCAUCAAUGCUCCAUCUGGAUGUAUUCACGAGGCAGGUGUGGGCCCAACACCAGCUCCUGCUCCUACACCAGCCCCAGUCUGUACCGACGACGACAGCUGGACAGUGAACGUUUGCUCUUCGGCCGGCUGCCAACCAGAAGGUUGCGAUUAUUUUGCUGCCAGCUACUGGCGCUCAUUUUACUGUGACACUUACAGCUUUAUCGCUGCAGCUUGUCCCUUGACAUGUGAUGCUUGCCCUUAG